UUUUUUGGGGCUGGGGGAAAAUUUUAAGAAGCUGAAAUAACAAACUCAGAAAAUCGACAAAGACAACUGGAGCACUGCACAGUGUGUGGCUACAUCUCUCUGCCUCUGACCCGCCGGGUGCCUUGGUAGCUAGGCACAUUUAUAAAACUUCAGCAGCCUCUGGCUAAACCAACAGCCAGCUUUGCUGUUUUUUAAAAACAAAUUGUGUCCCAACAACAUGUCACCUGAGUUGGAAGAGAACAACCACGUGCAAGCCUGACCCAAGAGACAGUCUCCAGUGCUGACGUAUGACGUGAAGGGAAGUUGUGCUAUGAGUGGUUUUUCCUCUCUGAUAAAAAUUGUGGAUGUUUUAUUAGUAUUAUCCAGACAUACUGAUUCCUGCUUAUCUUUUCCCAUUCAUUCUCCAUGUCUCCUAUCUGUGCUUCAUUCAUCUGAUCCUUUUACAUCUCUUUCCUGUCCAGGUGAAAUCAGUCUCCCCCAGUUAGAGGCAGGGACCCUGUCCGAGGAGGAAGGCGGGUCUGCUCGCCCCCUCGUGCCGGUGCCUGGAGCGGGCCCAGGGUGCGGUGAUGGCGGAGGUGCUGGCCCACUGCAGACCCAGGACGGGGCUGCAGCUGGGACUGGAAAUGGGGCUGUGGCAGUACCACCGGUGGAGAGAGAAACUUGGACCAGACAGAUGGACUUCAUCAUGUCCUGCGUGGGUUUUGCUGUCGGCUUGGGCAACGUGUGGCGGUUCCCUUACCUCUGCUACAAGAACGGAGGAGGGGUUUUCCUGAUCCCCUACUUGCUGAUUGUGUUCAUCGGGGGAAUCCCAGUUUUCUUCCUGGAAAUUGCACUGGGACAGUUCAUGAAGAAGGGAGGGGUCUCUGCCUGGAACAUCGCACCUCUCUUCAAAGGUUUGGGCUUGGCCUCAAUGGUGAUAGUGUUCUUCUGUAACACCUACUACAUCAUGAUUCUGGUGUGGGGCCUCUACUUUCUCUUCCACUCCUUCACUAACCCGCUGCCCUGGGCCACCUGUGGAAACCCUUGGAACACCCCCAACUGUACGCAGGACUUCCGCCGCGCCUGCCACAACCGCAGUGCUGCCACCCUCCUCUCCUCCACGUCCCCGUUGAACCUGUCUUCAGCCCAGCUUCUACUCAACAGCAGCUGCACAGAGACUGAGGGCAUGCGCUCCCCGGUCAUCGAGUUCUGGGAACGUAAAGUGCUCCGUCUGUCUGGUGGGCUGCACGAGCCUGGUGACAUCAGCUAUGAGAUGGUGCUGUGUCUCAUAGCCACCUGGAUCAUUGUUUACUUCUGCAUGUGGAAAGGAGUUAAAUCUACUGGCAAGGUCGUGUACUUCACAGCUCUGUUCCCCUACCUGGUACUGGUCGUUCUUUUGGCCCAUGGAGUCACUCUACCUGGAGCUUUAGAUGGGAUUGUUUACUACCUGAAACCAGACUGGUCCAAACUUGGAGAAGCCCAGGUGUGGAUUGAUGCCGGCACUCAGAUUUUCUUCUCCUAUGCCAUCGGACUGGGUGCCCUUACUGCGCUGGGCAGCUACAACCGCUUCCAUAACAACUGUUACCAGGAUGCAUUCUUGCUGGCUAUCAUUAACAGCGGAACCAGUUUCUUUGCAGGCUUCGUGGUGUUCUCUGUACUGGGCUUCAUGGCUGCAGAGCAAGGCGUGGACAUCAGUAAGGUAGCUGAGAGUGGUCCAGGCCUGGCCUUUAUAGCCUACCCUAAGGCUGUGACUCUGAUGCCUCUGGCGCCGCUCUGGGCUGCACUUUUCUUCUUUAUGCUGCUCAUACUGGGCCUGGACAGCCAGUUUGUUGGGGUAGAGGGUUUGAUAACAGGAAUCAUGGACAUGCUGCCCCCUAAAUCUGCCCUGGGCUCCCUGCGACGAGAGGUGGUAGCAGCCAUCUGCUGCUUCAUCUGCUUCCUCAUCGACAUGUCCAUGGUCACUGAGGGAGGGAUGUACGUCUUCCAGCUUUUUGACUACUACUCUGCCAGUGGAAUCACUCUGUUGUGGCAGGCCUUUUGGGAGUGCGUGGUGAUUGCUUGGGUCUAUGGCGCAGACCGUUUCAUGGACGACGUGGCUCGUAUGAUUGGCUAUCAGCCUCUACCCUACAUGAAGUGGUGCUGGUCUUACAUCACACCUUUUGUUUGUGUGGCAGUGUUCAUGUUCCACGUGGUGAACUACAAGCCCCUGACCUACAACACAGUGUACACUUAUCCCUUGUGGGGUGAAGCACUUGGCUGGGCAUUGGCCCUGUCCUCCAUGCUCUGUAUCCCUGUUACCGUUCUCUACAAACUACUGCGCUGCAAAGGAUCUUUGCGGGAGCGGUGGCAGCACCUAACCACCCCAGUCUGGGGCAGACAUCACCUGGAGUACCUGGCCCCAGAGAGCGAGGCCAAGCUGCUGCCCCCUGCAGGAACCAAGAGUACACUGCUCUUUGAAAGUGUCAUCUGACGAGCUGAGCCCCUACAGAACACAGAGCCAAGGUCACCCUUGACAUCAGCACACACAUAAACAAACUACAGACAAUACAUGCACACCACACAAGCAUGGUAAGAGCAAAGUGCAGAUUGGCUACACCCCCCAGUUAAAGCUAUGGAAAAGCCCCGGACAAAUGGACCAAAGAUUAGAUGGAAGAAGAACUGAAACACACCCAUACAGUCAUCACAUGCUGAUAACACCCUCUGCUCUGCUUUCUGACUCUACCUCGCUGACUCUCCCCUCUCGCUUUCUCUGCUCCUCGCCUUUGUGCUGUCCCGUCCAGUCUCGUUCUGUGAGUGUAGUGCGUCCAGUACAGUUGUGAUAUCUUCCCUUUCUGUUCCUCUGUCUGUCAGGGUUUCAACUAGGGAUAGACUAAUUAUCGGCCUGGCCAAUAAUCGGAUCCGGCAUUCAGGAAUUUCCCGGUUAUCGGUAUCGUUAUUUUUUAAAAUCAGAUUGCAGAUAUGUUUGAAAUGCCGUACUUUGGCUCUGAUGCAGCCACCUCUCUUUGUCUGAAGUCAUCAAUCCAUCCCCCACAGCACUUUAUGAUUGGUUUCAUGUCAUGUAAUAGUAGAGUAAUACUUUUUUAAGCUAAUGUUGAAAAGUUCUCUUUUGCAGAAUUUUAUUAAACAUAUGCAUAAGGUAAUGCCACAGUGUAAAAGUCUUUUAUUGAAAAUAUUACUAAAGUAAACAAGUAUUAGCAUCAAAAUAUAUCUAAAUAACCAAAAGUAAAAGUGCGGAAGGGCCCAUUUAAGAAUAAUAUGUUUCAGAUAUACAUCGUAUAUGUAUAAUGAUCUGAAUCUAAAGUAACUAAAGUUAUCAAGUAAAUGUAGUGGGGUAAAAAGUACAAUAUGUGCCUCUAAAAUGUAGUGGAGUGGAAAUAUAAACUAGUAUAAAAUGGAAAUACUCAAGUACAGUACAAGUACCUCAAAAUUGUACUUAAAUACAUUACUUGAAGAAAACUUCUGACGUAGUUACAUUCAACCAUUUCAAAUUUCCACAAUACGAUUCUCAUUUUUACUGUAAAUUCAUAUCGGUUCCAAAUAUCUGUUACCUGUUUCCUUAAUAACAGCUCAUCAGUAUCUCUUAUCGGUCCUUAAAAAACAUAUCGGUCGAUCCCUAGUUUCAACAGCCUCAUCUGUCCUGACAUGUCAUGCCAUUUUGUGCUAAAUGAGCAGAAUUGUAAAAGAUCCUGAUGAAACUUUCUAAAUGAAAAACCUCAUAUCUGCUGCUGAUAUGCCAUGGUCUGAGCGUGUAUGUGUGUGUAGAUGCACCUCUGUAUCUGUAUCUGUGUGUGUGUGUGUGUGUGUGUGAGAAGCAGCGUGUAUUUGACCGUGGCAAUGGUGUCUUCAUUUACAUGUGACAUUGCCUUUGGCCAUUGUUUUCUGUAUUCUCUUAAUUAACUGUACAAAAAUACCUUCCAUUUGUAAAAAAAAAAAAAA